AUGCCACCACCGAGUAAACCCUCCCGGAUAUUUUCUUUCUUCGGCCUUGGCACCGGGGGUAAUACAGUUAAAGACGAUCUGGAAUCGCCGCAGCUGAACUUGGAAGCGGACAGGGAAGUGUAUAGACCGGGAGAUCCAUUGACUAUCACGAUUGAAAUCAAAAACCCAACACCCGAAUGGUCACUUUUGAUUGAAAAGCUUAACUUUGAGAUUAAAGGGAUUGAAAAAUUGGACCCUCAGUGGUUCAACACUCCCAAGCCCACUCCUCACUUGAAGCAGCGACGAGGUGAGUAUGUUUUCAUGGAUUGCUCGACUCUCACAGUGGUUUCCAAUCAAAUUCUUUCGUGUGGGGCCACUAAAACUUAUAUGGUGCGCACACUUCUGCCAACCAUUAUACCACCAUCAUACAGAGGUGCAACCAUUCGUUAUUUGUACUAUGUAAGGUGUACAUUGUCUGGCCAAUAUCUGAAUUUGGAAAGUGGACCCUCUCACGGGUCAAUACAAGAUCUUUCUGAGCUGGAAUCCCGAAUACCAUUUCAAGUAUGGGUCAGUCAGGAAAACAAUGGGUUGCAGAGUGAAGAAGAUUGCAAUGAUGGAAUUGUUCCAGCAUCAACCAUCCUCUUAGACGUGUACCGGAAAGAAAUGAAUACAGAUUCUGAAUGGGCUAAAGUAAACGAUGCUUUUGAUGGAGUUGAGGAAGGAUAUGAAAGUUCGCGGGAUGAGAUCUCAUCUGUUUCAUCCUAUAAUCAUUUGAAGGAAGAUAUGCAUAAAGCUUUUGGAAGUUCAUUAUCUUUGCAGUCAUUUGCAGCAAUGUCUUCCAAUAAAGGUUCUGUGUUUCUUGAAGGACGCACGAGCAUAUCUUCAAACAUGGCACUUCCUCGACUGUCUGUGGCUGAGGUCCUACAUGAUUCUACUGGUGAUGCUUUGUCCCCAAACAGGUCUUCAGCUAUCACAUCUCCAAGUCAGCAGCUAAAACAUCCAAAAACCUUUUCUGUAGAUGAUAGCACGAGAGUAUCAUCUGCCUCCAGAAAUGCUGAAUCUGGAGCAUCAGAGGGGUAUGUUCGCGGAAGAUCAUAUAAUAUUAGACUGGAUGACAAAGUUCUACUAAGAUUUUCACCAAAGAACUCUGAGUCAAAUUACUACUUCAGUGAUAUGAUAGGUGGAACCCUUACCUUCUUUCAUGAAGAAGGGGCUAGGAGAUGCCUUGAGCUGACAAUAACUUUGGAGAUGACGGAGACUAUAAGUCGGCGCUCUGUCCAUCCUUCUCGGAGACAUUCUCCUACUAUUACUAAGGUUCAUAGUGAUCACCAUGAGGUUGUUGCAGAUUUAGUACAGACUAGCUUUCUUUUUUCCAUUCCUAUGGAUGGACCAAUGACUUUUUCUACCGGCUAUGUCUCUGUGCAAUGGGCUCUUCGUUUUGAGUUUCUUACAACUCCAAAGAAUGUGGACUGGACAAGAUAUGAGCAUCCUCUUCUGAUCGAGGGAAGAGACAAAUUCGUUCUCAUUGGAACCCCUCUGGAUUCGUACUUGAAGGUGGGAGCAACUGGUUAA